AUGGACAUGGAAACCAUCGAGAUAGUCAUUUCAGAUCAUUUGCAAACUCUCACGUCACUGCACGACACCCUUGCUAAUUUGCGCCUAAACGUGCAAAACACGAAGGACCAGGAAACCCUAGCGUUCGAGAACUACGUUCGUUCCACCCUUAGUAAGCUGGAACAGCUUACAAUGGAUGAGAAAACCAACGUGGUCGACUCAGCCCAUAGCAGGGAACGUAAGCCAGACCUAGAACAUGACAACGUCGGCGAGCGCGAGGGAAUCCAGAUGAUUCAAGAAGAAUAUGACAUCAUUGAAAGAAACACAAGUUUUAUGGAAGGUAUAGAGGAACCUGAAGAGGAGGCGGAGAGAGGAGAUGGAAAAUCCGUCGGUGCGGAAGAAGACUCAGUGGACGAUUUUCUCAAUGAUCUGAUGGAAGAGGACGAUGGAGCAGUGUCUCGAAUUCAACUAGAACUCAGGAACACGGAGCAAGCUAUUCUCGAUUUCGACGGGUUGUUGCGUCAUCUAGAAAGAGAGCGCCUGUGCGCCCCCCCCCCCCCCCGCCCUCGACGGUACGAUCAGGGACACAUUGACAAAGCUCAUCGCUUUAUGAGAUGUGCUUUCAGCAAGGCAUUCGGACAUCAUUACUCCGACUCCUGCACGGUGGUCCGCGGUGUAGCGAGUAGAAACCAGCUUGUUGAAAGCAACAGAAGAUUCAAGCAAUGUCUUGAAGUGAUUUGCGUCCGAGGACUCGCGUGUAAGAAAAACCUUACUACUUUCUUCUACUGCCGUCUAGUCGAGGCCACCAUAGCGCACUCUGCGAAUUCCCGGACUUCUUUGACACCAUCCGUUCACGGAAAGCGAAUGCACACGAAGGAGGGUGGGAAAGCUUUGCAAAACUGUUACGCUUACGAGAAGAAUUGGCCUUUCUUGAGAACCACCCUAAAAUAUCUCAUCCUUAAAAGUCAUGCGCCUUCACCUAGUUGUUGGAAACACACCUACAUCGCGAGGGCUCUUUCCUACGCCAAUAACAGCCUGCGCCUUCCCUUUUUUCGUUAG